CACGCGCGGCAGCAGCAGCGGCAGCGACUGAGGAGCAUUAAGACACAGAGUCCCGACCAGGGACACCCGGGGUCCAACACCGUCCCCUGCCCGAACCGCGCACCGCCGCUGGACACCCACAACGACAAAAAGGAGGGAAAACGACGCUUUUCUAAGUGCACCGUUACCGUUUGUUUCAACGUCAGGUACUGAAGAAGUGGGUUUACUGGGAAGUUUGCUACUCACAGCGGCAAUUACAGGAGCAUGAAAGCCGGCGUGGAGAAGAGAGCAUCAGUCUAAACUUCACUGACUCCAUAAGCUUGGUGUAGGCUUUUUUUCAGACCACUUAUCUAUUGGAAACCUGCGUUUAUUUUCAACUUGUUUUAUCGGACUUUUAUGUUUUUGUUCGCUCAGGGACUCCAAAAAAACCUUCCAACUUUAUAAAAAACAACAAUCAGCUUGUCUCAGACAUUCAAGCAGACGAGAGAAGAAAAGAAAGUCGAAGGGAGAAGUGGAUGUAUUUUCAGCCAUGGAUGUAACAGUUUACCCGCCUCCUCCUCAGCCUCUGGCCGCGUCAGAACACACCAGGCUGGGGCAACUCUCCUACCCUGACCCGGCCUUUGGGACCAACAAGCUGGAUGGGGACACCAUGUUCCUGGGGAUGCCAGAAGCUGGCCUCGACUUCCCCUCAACCAAUCAGUUUCGUGUGCCGCAGCCCCCUCACCCUCUCAGCAAGGUGACGCCACCCAACCCGCCCUCACAGCACUGGAGGAGGGACACACACAUGGCUGACACACACCGUCUGCCUUGGUCUUACUCAGUGGGUGGUUUGGGCGACGAGGACUUCAACAUCCCUCCCAUCACCCCCCCCACCCUGCCGGACCACAUGCUGCCCCCCCAUCUCCCCCACGAUUCCCGCUCUGGACCAUACCACCCUCUGGACCCUCCCUCCAGCUCAGCUCCACACCACCCCUACCAGCUGCAGGGCAUGGAUCUGCCUGGCAUGCCUGGGAGCCAAGAUGGAGGUGCUUUGUUGAACCAGGAUGGUGGCACGUUCAGUCCAGAUAGCGGCCCGAUGACCAGCACACUGUCUGUGAUGCAGCAGAUGGUGAACUCGGACUCUCGCUUUACCAGCAGCCAGCAGCCAAUUGAAGCUGCGCUGGGACCCAGGAGCCAAUCAGGCAUGAGCCAGCAGAGCCAGUUGUCCACCAUCAACCAAUCCCAGCUGGGACUGAGCGGGAACUCUGUUACCCACAAUUCUCCUUCACCUCCAGGAAGUAAAUCUGCCACGCCAUCUCCCUCCAGCUCAGCACAUGAGGAUGACAACGAUGAAGGACUCAGGCUGGGUAGUGGGGGAGAGAAGAGGCCAGCCACAGUGGACAUCUCCAAGAAACCCAAAACACCAAAGAAGAAGAAGCGAAAGGACCCAAAUGAGCCAGUGAAGCCAGUGUCUGCCUACGCCUUGUUCUUCAGGGACACCCAAGCCAACAUCAAGGCCCAGAACCCCAACGCCACCUUCGGGGAGGUGUCGAAGAUCGUGGCCUCCAUGUGGGACGGCCUGGGAGAGGAACAGAAACAGGUGUACAAGAAGAGGACAGAGACAGCUAAGAAGGAGUACCUGAAACAACUGGCUGCCUACAGAGCCAGUCUGGUCUCACGGAGUUACAACGAUCCAUCUGAAAUGAAGCCGCCCCACUCGUCCUCAUCCUCCUCGUCCUCUACCUCAAUGUUCACACCCAAACCUUCGGUGUACCCAGGUCACCCAGGCCAGCACCAUUCCUCCAACUCCCUCACACACCCUCACACUCUCCCUUCCCACCAGCACCCGAGCAUGUACAUGCCGUACCCUCACCCAUCACACCCUUCCCACGCCUCGAGCCCCGGCCUCAGCCCGCACCUGCCCCCCUCUCACACCCAGAUCCACCCCCAGCUCCAGCCUCUGUCCUCAAGGGGGACCGUGCCACGGCCCAGCGUCCCCCACCAGGGAGCUCUGUCCCUCGGCAGCAUGGCCGCGGCGUCCACCCCUCCUCUGCAGGUCAGCCCUCCUCUCCACAGCCAGGCACACCUGGGGGGGCUGCACAGUCCGCACCAUCAGCACCAGCAGCUCAGCGGACACCCACUGGGAAUGACGCACUCACCUGCCAUCACACAGGGCUACCACCCCUCCCUUCAGUCUGACUACCAGCCAAUGGGAGGAGGAAUGAUAAGUGGUGGACCAGUGAUGUCAUCAUCCAUGGACUACCAUCAACUGGGUCGACACACGCCGAACCACCACCCAUCUCUGGACUGGAGCACCGAUUACCAUGGCAACGGUGGUCUGCAGAGAGACAAACCUCUCUAUCUGAGCUAAUCUCAGGACAAAGUGACACCAAACUUCAACCAAGCCCUUCUACUGCCACACCAUGGAACCUCGAACCUCAUCUGAACCAGGACCCAGACCAGCCUCGUCCAACCACCGAGGACUCCACCUACACACCACCUACACUUGGGUUCAGCACUUCAAACAAAGGCCCAAGCAGGAGAACAAUCUGCAUAUUACUACUACUAUAUAUCUCUUCUAAGGGACAUCAGGCCAGUGUUAAGAACAGGAUGAAAUUACUUUCUCCCAGUUUCUGCAUGUGCCACAGCUGGUCUCACAUCUGUUACUGGCUGCAGUUUAUCUGCUGAUCAUUUCCAACGUAAGAUGCAUUCUGCUUUGAAGUGAAGUCGUGUUAACCAGCGAGGAGAGGUGGGCAGGUCCUGUGCUGUGAACAAUGAUAAUAGGUGUAUAUACUCCAACCUCCCUCACAAAGGGAUAUUCUGUCUUAAUUUCCCGUCUGCCCAAAACAAGUUCUAAUCUCGUUCCUCAUUUUGUAAAGAUGGUGUUAACCGUCAGUUCCAAAAAGCUCUGAAGAGCGAGUGUAAAUUGCUGUAACAUAAUAGUUUGAGCUGUCAAUUUAAAGCCCAUUGUUUUUUGUUUUUUAUGUUCUUUGACCUCAUAGUUGCUGUAUCCUUCGACGCCCAAAGUCAAGAGAACGCAGCACACAAAACGAUAGGUUGAUAACCAAAUACCACAAAAUAUGUCCCCUCGCUGGUCCCUUAAUGAUGGGAGUCUUUGAUUUGAUGCAGUAUUGACUGAAGUCGCACACGCUGUCUGUAGAGACAGAACACGUACGCAGUAAAGUACCGACUGAGCUCACGCUGCUUCAUUCAGCUUAAAGGGAUAGUUUGGGUUUUUUGAAGUGGGGUUGUAUGAGGUACUUAUACAUAGUCAGUGUAUUGCAUACAGAAGGUGCCAGUCACCAUGCCCCCAGUGUUAAAGAGCAGGCAGGAGUAUGAGGAAGCUUAGCAAUGUACUGCUGUGGAUGAGGUCAACAACAAAACGUAUUUUACCUAAAAAAAAAAGUGCCACCUAAAUAUAUCAAUAUCAGGCUGCUUGUCAUCCCCUCUCACUGCCUUUCAUGCUUAAGCUGUCCUGUAUAAUAAAGGCAGAAAGCCAAUAAAUGAUCUUUAAACCCCCCCUAGGAACGUCAGGAACGUCUUUGCGCUUUUUAAAAUAAUCUGCAUUUACAGAAAACAUUGUGAGAACGAUCCUGUUGUACACGCAUUCACAAAAACAACUG